AUGUUUGCGCCGGCGCAGCUCCCCUACACCGCCACGGCGGCGCUUCUGAUGUCGCUCCAGCCGAUCCUCGUCUCGCUCUCCAAGAACGAGGCCGGCGGCUUCGACUACUCUGUGCCGGCGUCGACGAUGCUGUCGGAGCUGCUCAAGCUGCUCCUCUCGAGCGGCCUGCUGCUGCGGCAGAUGGCGACGUGCGCGCCGAGCGAGCUCCUGUCGGAGCAGCCGUGGGCCGAGAUGCUCUCCUACUCGCUGCCCGGGCUCAUCUACUUCGUCAACAACAAUUGCCUCUUCUUCAUCCUGCAGGAGGUGGACCCGACGACCUUCCAGCUCCUCUCUCAGAUGAAGACCCUCUUCACCGGCCUCCUCUUCCGCCUCUUCCUCCGCCGCCGCCUCAGCGCCGUCCAGUACCUUGCGCUGGCCGCCUCUACUGCGCAGCCCGCGGUCUCGCAGCUGCCCACCUACCGCACCGAGGCUGGCGGCACCCUCGUGCAUAAGCAUAUAGGCGGCGUCUACUCGGAGAAGCUGCUCAAGGGCCGCGCCUCCGCCUCGAUCCACUGGCAGAACGUGCAGCUCUACCUCUGGGGCGUCGCCUUCAACGCCAUCGGAGUCUACACGAAGGACCGCCAGGCGCUCCUCGGGCCAGGCGACCGGCACAGCCUUCCAGGAGGGAGCCUCGCCAUCUCGGCCGUCCUCAAGUACGCCGACAACAUCGCGCGCGUCUACGCGCACGCCAUCGCCAUGAUGGCCGAACAAUGCUCGCGUCGCUCCACGUACAGUCUGUUCUUUUCACUGGCGACCAAGCUCAUCUCCUCCGACGAGCCAAACGACGACUCGGCGCGCGGCUCCGGCCUCGAUGGCGGGGUCGGGCCGCUGGGCCACGGGCUGGGCAGCAGCGCCGCGUCAACUCAGGCCGCGGCACGCAACCCGCCCAAGCGCUGA